AUGAAGGGUCUUAUGAUGUUCUUCCUUGCAGUGACCUCUGUCGCAGCCCUUGCAGCUCCCCAGCCAAAGGAGGGCCUGACCCAGGGCGCCUUCAUCUGCGCUUCCGCCCCUUGCAGCAACGAUGCUUACUGCAAGAGCAACGGCUGCUACCAGUGCCGUAAUGGCGUAAGUUUAUGA